GGUGAUGAGGUGGUGGGGAGGGUGGCUGCGAUUGAGGGGCUCACACAAGCCGGGCACCAGGCACUGGCACUGGGUGCCGGGCAGGAGGCAGUGGGGUGCUUCAGGAAGGCCCUGCUCCUCUCCAGGGACAUGGUGAGCACUCAGCUCCACAAGGCUUGUGCCUUCAACCUGGGGGCUGCCUACGUGGAGACCGGGAAGCCCAGAAAGGCCCUUAAGUUCCUCCUCCAGUCCCAGCCCUUGGAGAGGGAGAAUGGGGAGCACUCGGGGGACCUUUAUUUCAACGUUGGGGCAGCUCAGGAAGGGCUUCAGGACUUUCCUAAGGCUUGUUUUGGCAAAGCCACCGGCCACAAUGACGUGUCACAGGCUGGUGGUCGAGCAGGGACCCACAUGCAGAUGGGCUGCUGCUACCUGGGGAUGCGGGAGCCAGCACGAGCCGCGCGGUGCUUCCUGGACGCGGCACAGACCUACACGGCAGCGGAGAGCCCUGAGGCCGCGGCGGUGGCUCUGAGCAGGGCGAGUGGCUCCAUGCUGCAGAGCCGGCGGUUCCGAGCGGCAGAGAUCGCAGGGGUCCUCGCCCAGUGCCACUCGCUCUGUGAGACCAUCCCCGACCCGGCCCUGCGAGGGAAACUCUAUAACGACAUCGGCCUGGGUUACUCCCAGCUCCACAUCUUCUCCCUGGCUGUUGAGAGCUUCGAGCGGGCCCUCGGGCUCUGCGGAGGGGAGCUGGAGCGGGACCGGCACCGGGAGGCUGCACUGCUGCAGAACCUGGGUGCUGCCCACAAUGCCCUGUGCAGUUUUGGCACAGCGCUGGGCUGGCACCAGCGCGCGGCCGCGCUGCACGGCACUCUGGGGAAACGGAGGGCGCAGGGGCAGUGCCUCGGGAAUCUGGCGUACGCCUGGAGCCGGCUCGGGAACCAUGAGGCUGCCGCGGAGAACUACCUGCACGCCCUGCAAGCCUUCCGGGACUCAGGGGACGUGCAGGGGCAGUGGCAAGCAUGUGAGGGGCUGGGCACAGCCUGCUUCCACCUGGGAGACCCCCAGAAAGCCAUCGGGCACUACCAGGAGGCCCUGACUUUGCUUUCCCACUGCCAGGACACCCCCAGAGCUGCCCGAGAGCGGGUUGUGCACAAGCUCACGGAUGCCAUCCAGCACCGGCUCUGCCUCGGUGGCCGCCUCUCCCAGCGUGGGGGCCGAGUGCCCACCCCAGCUCUGGUGAGCAUCACCCUGGGUGUGGGACACACAGGCGGGCUGGGGGCUGGGACCCCACAGGAGCUCAGCCAGCUGCGGUUUUGCUCCAUGCUGCCCCAAGCCAGUGGGACACGGGUCCAGAGGAGUGAGGUCCUUUGGAGGGAAAGCGCAGGACCAGCUCUACAUAUAUGUGCCAGGAGCACAUCCCAAGCAUUCAGAGGAGUGGCCCUGACUGAUGGCCUCGCGCUGGAGCCCUGCAACCCACACAGCAUCCUGAGCACCUCUGGGGAGGAUGAGGGUGGUCCCGAUGUGGCUCCAGGGUGUCUGAGUCAGCCCCAGGCUAACAGGUAG